AGCUGAAAACGAAGUCAAGAUGGCGAUCAAUCACAAAUGUUGACAAACGAAAGCCCAAUUUACAACGAUGUUUUCUUAAAAUCUUGAUGUUUUGGCGAGGAUAUCCAGGGCAGAAGUACCUCACAAGGAUUUUGCCAUGGAGAAUGGCGACGAUUUAAAACCCAUGGAGGAUUUAGACGACGAAACGCUACAAGUUUUGUACACUUGGAUUGAUGAGAUUCCCUUAUCCAGACCCAAGCGCAAUAUCGCGCGAGAUUUUAGCGAUGGAGUUUUAGUGGCUGAGAUUGUGCAUAACUUUAUACCCAAGCUGGUUGAGAUACACAACUACUCUGGUGCAAACUCGAUAUCGCAGAAGAAAGACAACUGGGGCACCUUGCAAAGGAAAGUACUCAGUAGAAUAGAGUUCAAAGUUUCUGAUGACUUAAUUGACGGUAUUUGCAAAUGUCGGUCAGGGUCAAUUGAAGUGUUUUUGAUAAACUUGAGAAAUAAGAUUGAUAAAUACAUAGCUAAACGAAAAGCAGCUGCGUUAAGGAAACACCAUCAGGUCUAUGAUGAGUUUUCACCUGCACCAGUACCAGAUACUAAUUCAUACCAGCAAAUGAAUGGAGGUGUUGGCUAUGGGUAUGAUGCGUUCAACACAGUUCCUCAACAAGAUAUGGUGGAGAGCUCUUACGCUAUGCAUACCAACCACCCAGAGCAUUACCAAGCAGGACCAUACAACCAAUUGCAUUCGCAUACAGAGUUUAACCAAAGUAAUGUGCCAAAACCUGGACCAAAUGUCGGCAAUAAAAGAGAAGCUGUUAACGAGGGUAAACCAUCACUUGCGAAACGAAUAUCUCAUGUUGGGCAACAACGUCAUGAAAAGAAUCAUCAUCAGCCAAAGGGUAGUCCACAAAAUAUUCAACUUCUUCUUGAAGAGAAGGAACAAUCAUUGCUAGCUUCACAAGAAACUGUGCAGAUUCUUCAGGUGAAAGUCAGAAGGCUGGAACAUCUUUUGCAUCUCAAGGAUAUACGUAUUGAGGACCUUACAAGAAGACUACAACAAGCAACGCAACCCCCACCAAAACAUCUUCCUCCACAACAUAACCCCCCUGUACCACCUAUCUCAGGGGCUGCAGGCCAACCUCUGCCAAGGAUGCAUUCAACCCCACCAUUACCACCAGUACGAAGCCCCCCAAAAUAUGGUUCAUGAAUGGUCAAACUGUAUAAGCUUAAAAAGGCUUUAGCCAAGCCAAGGCUUUCAGGCCAGAAAUAAUAUUUUAUAGCCUACAAAGAAAGACCAACAAUAUGGAAAGAUUGCAUCACGAGAACCGGGUAAAUACAAGUGAUCCAAUGCCUUGGAAGUUGGGAGUAAACCCUUGUCUUUUGAGAAACAAACCAUAUAUAAUAAGAUCUGGAAGAACAACAAAGGAAAAUAUGGUUCCUCGCUAUGAAUUAAGGAUGCUCAAAGAAUAUCUGCAUAAAAAAGACUGUUGAAUCAAGUUAUCAAAAACAGACUGAAGAUUGAAAGAUGAAUAUUAAAUAUAUUAAGUUAAAAAUUUUGAACAUACUCCAGGGCAGCUAAUCUCUGUAGAUUACAUGUAGAUUAUUGGUAUAGUUUGCCAAUUCCUACACGGAGUUUAGACUUUAGAUGUUUAAUACAAUAUAUAUAUUGGCUAUAGCGUGCCAUAUUAACGUUAUAACUGUACUUUAAAAUUAGCUAAAAACACACGUGUAUAUAAUUUCGUUCCUAUUAAAAGCUUGACGAACAGUUGGAAAAAAGUCAUUGAAACAUGAAUAGACACUCCCGACGAUCACAGUGUAAAUAUUUACAAAACAAAAGAGUAAAUCAAACAUAC